GGUGGAGAUCUCCGGUGCGCGGCGGCAACAGUGCCCACAGGCGCAGCGUCCGUCCAGCGCGCAACGCAGGCGGCUGCGGCGGCACCAGCAGCAGCAGCAGCAACAACAACACUCAGCUCAGACUUCCCCGCCCGACUUUCACAUCUAUCCGAUCAUCACAUACAUCCACGCACACACAUCAGCAUCCUCCCCGGGUUUUGAACCGGUUCACCUUCUUCGCCUCUCCAGCCGCGCCAUGUCGUCUGCUGUCACCGAGACGGAGGAGUCGGCGCGCAGCUCCCCGCUGACGCCGCUGAAGCUGGUCGGGCUGGUGUGCGUGUUCCUGGCGCUCUGCUUGGAUGUGGGAGCCGUGAUGAGCCCGGCGUGGGUGACUGCCGACGACCAGUACUACCUGUCCCUGUGGGAGUCCUGCUGGAAGCCGGCGAGCACCGAGAACUGGCAGUGCACCAGCACGCUGGGUACAGACUGGCAGGUUGCUACCCUGGCCCUGUUGCUAGGGGGUGGAGCCCUGGUGCUGAUGUCAUUCCUGGUCGCUCUGGUUGCCGUGUGCAUCGGCACGAGACGGCGGUUCUACGCACCCGUCGCCUUCAUGCUCUUUGCUGCAGUUGUCCUCCAGGCCUGCAGCUUGGUCCUGUUCCCCAUCAAGUUCAUCGAGAGCAUCAACCUGAGGAUCUACCAUGAGUUCAACUGGGGCUAUGGCCUGGCCUGGGGGGGAACCAUCUUUUCCUUCGGUGGGGGAAUCCUCUAUUGCCUAAACCCCAAGAACUAUGAGGAGUAUUACUAGCUCCAUUUCAAGCUGAGAACCCCACAUGUUGGGAGAGGUAUUCAGGGGGCGAGCAUGGGAUUUUGAUUUUUUUUUUUUUUUUUUUUGUCUUUAAUGGCUCAGUUAAAAGAACUGUAAGGAAUACUAUAAACUGUAUUUGAGCCAAUAACUGUAUCGCCACAAGCUUCGCUCCUGGGGUGAAUUCAGGUGGUGAAGCUGGCUUAUUUCUUUUCCUGCUUCAGUCACCAGAGAAGUGAGCACUGAGGCUACAUGUUUGAACUUACAGUCAGCGUCACCAGGUCAGUCCUGGGGAGGGGUUGAGGGUUGGGAAGGAGUCUUACUAUUCUAUUCCUAGGACUUGUGAGAACUGACAACCCUGCAGUAGCAAAGGAUGGAGGUUUAUGGUAACAAUCCGUCCUUUCUUGCCUGUGAACUAAACUGCAAGUCAUCAGUAACAACCCAGCUUACUGACUCUGUUACUUAGGGAACAGGAUGUCUGACUGGGAGGCUUGUACUGCACGUUUACGCACGCAUGCACAUGCAGAGGCACGUGUAUCUUCACCUGUCAACAUCAUGUCCUCGGGCUGGGCUUCAAAAAUCUGCCCCCCCCCCCAGACUCCUGCUCCAUCCGUGCAUCAUUGUCAGUGCUUAGUUAGGAGUUGUGGCAUUUUGUUUUUCAGAGUCCUCUGGAGCGCUUAAACUUUCAGAAGGACAUGGAAGAGGAUCAGACGCUCCGGUUGCACUUCAUAACUUUUCAUAAGACAGAUAGAUUCCUCCUGGGGGGGGGGGG